AUGCCAUCCACCACAGCCGAGCAGAGCACUGUUGCACCUCCUUCCCUGAGGAUUGCAACUCCUCCUACGAGGACUGCUGAUGUUCAGUCUAAGAUAUUGGCACGACAGAUGGAGGCAUCGGUGGAGAGACAGAUUAGGGUCGUGCUGAAGCCGAUCAUACAGGCACAGACUAGGGCACAUGAGCUAUUUCAGACCCGAUUAGAUGGUUUUCAGACUAGACUUGCUGGGAUGGAGCGUAAAGGCCUAGGAGGGUCUGAUGUCAGUGAGUUUAGAGUUGAGCUGGAUAAGCUCAAGGCAGAUAUACAUUAUCACUCGGGCAUUGAUAUGGCCCCGUUUGAUACUCCUUAUGGGAGGAGAUAUAGGUCUCUUAUUGGAUGGAUUGAUGCUUUUGAGAAUAGGCAGAAGGAGUACGCGGAUCGGAAGGUCCGAGAUCUUGAGUUCAUGGUUGUAUUAUUAAAGGUCUCACCUACGAAGGGUGUGAUGAGAAUUGGGAAGAAAGGUAAGCUUAGUCCCAGAUUCAUUGGUCCAUUAGAGAUUUUCAAUCGUGUGAGGGAUGUAGCUUAUGAGUUGGCUUUGCCCCCAAGAUACCAUGGUGAUGGUUCGUUUAUCAUUCAUUGGGAUUCUUUCUUGUUGGAUGAAAAUAUGUCCUAUGAGGAAGAGCCUAUUGCUAUUUCAGAUAGAGAGGUUCGUAAGUUGAGGUUGAAAGAAAUAGCAUCCGUGAAAGUUCAGUAG